AUGGCAUCCGACAACGCUCUGGACAACCCCGACUCCUACACAGUCGCCUGGAUCGCUGCUCUUCCCAUCGAGCGAGCCGCUGCGGAAGCGAUGCUCGAUGAGGAACAUGCAGCUCCAACUGGUUUCACUAGAAACCAGACUGACACGAACGUUUACACUUGGGGUCGUGUGGGUCAGCAUAACAUUGUCAUUGUCUCUCUUGCCGCUGGAGACUAUGGAACUACAUCGGCUGCGACCACGGCCUCGAGCCUGCUUGCCUCUCUGCCAUCCAUCCGUGUUGGCCUUUUUGUCGGCAUAGGCGGCGGCAUCGCACGACCGGACGAGGACCGCGAUAUCCGGCUUGGCGACAUCGUCGUGAGCCAGCCCGAUGGGACAUCGGGCGGCGUCUGCCAGUACGACUUGAUCAAAGCAAAGUCGGGUGACAAGCGUGAGCGCAAGGGCUUCCUUGGGCGGCCUCCGACGGUGCUCCUAAAUGCACUUGCCAAAAUCCAAGGCGUUCACGAGCAGAAAGACUCCGAGGUUCCCAGCUUCCUGCAAGAGAUGCUGGAGAAGCACCCGAAGAUGGGCAAGAGAUCGAAGAAAAAUCCUGGCUAUGCUCACCAGGGCGUCGACAAUGACCGCCUAUUCAAAGCUUCAUGCGACCACGUACCCGGGCCGGACUGCCGGUGCUGUGAUACGGCAGGCGAGGUUCAACGUGAUCCUCGAGACGCUACUGACCCCGAGAUCCACUACGGGAUCAUCGCAUCAGGCAACACGCUUGUCAAAGACGCCGCUGCGCGCGAUCGGAUUGUUACUGACGUCGGUGAGGAUUGCAUCUGCUUUGAGAUGGAAGCGGCCGGCCUGAUGAACCACUUUCCCUGUCUUAUGAUCCGAGGUAUCUGCGACUACGCCGAUUCUCACAAGAACGAUCGAUGGCAACGCUACGCCUCAGCUACUGCCGCUGCGUAUGCCAAGGAGCUUCUGGCGUACGUGCCGGCCGCGGAGGUCCAGGAGACCAAGAAGGCACUGGAAGUGCAGGAAGUGCUGGAGGAGCUUCGGUUAGUUCAACAACAGAUCGAUGGCGUGCAACAGAACAUGAAUGCUGCCGGGUCUGACCGUCAUACCGAAAAGAUCGAGGGUUGGCUUCGUCCCCCAGAUCCGUCUACGAACGCCAACCACGCGAGGAAGCUCCGCCAUGAGGGGACAGGCGCGUGGCUCCUUGGAAACCCGGUCUUCCAGGAGUGGUGCUCGGGGUCGCGUCGACAUUUAUGGCUGAAUGGGCUCGCGGGGUGUGGAAAGACGGUUCUCAGCACGACUGUACUGGAUCAUCUCACAAAAGGGAACGACCGUCUUAUCCUCAGCUUCUUCUUUGACUUUAGCGACACGACAAAACAGACCGUGGAUAGCAUGUUGCGGUCGCUUGCUUUCCAGCUUUACCAAGGCGGGGCUGGUUCUGCAGGUCUUCUUGACGCCUCAUUCCAAGCACACCUGGAUGGCCGCGAUCAACCUGCUACAAAGACGCUCGAGGAUGUUGUGUGCAAGAUUCUUGCAGUCCAGAAGAAAGGCUCUAUUGUUCUGGACGCCUUGGACGAGUCGACAACCAGGGAUGAACUUCUCCGGUGGAUGAAGGCCGUAGUGUCCAGGCCAGAGCUGGGCGAUGUCCAGCUGAUUUGCACCGGUCGGCCUGAACACGUGUUCCUGCGCGACAUCCCCUCAUUGAUAAGCCAGGAAAACUGCUUAGCACUUGAGAAGGAGUCCAUCAAUGUCGAUAUCCGAUCGUAUGUCACAGCACAGCUUUCACAACGACAGGAUUUUCGGGACAAGCACUUGUCCCCGAAUCUCCUCGAGAGGAUACGGAGGAAGGUUGGCGACGGGGCCGACGGGAUGUGGGCGUUCUGUCAAUUGGACAGCCUGGCUCGAUGUCGUCACGAGGCGGCUAUUGAGGACGCUCUCGCAUCUUUGCCGCGGAACCUGGAAGAGACAUACCGACGCAUGAUUCAACGCAUACCGACGGAGCUCAAAAACGACGCGGUGCGGCUCCUGCAGUUUCUAGUGCAUUUGAAGCGACCUCUUAAGCUGGCUGAGGCUAAAGAAGUAAUAGCAACACAGAUCGAAGACGAGCCACGAGGGUUUGACGACAAGCGUCGACUGUUUUGCGAGACCGACGUUUUAGACUACUGUCCCGGCUUAGUGACAGUCGUACAUGCCACUGAUAAAGAGCUACAUCUUGCCCACUUUUCCGUCAAAGAGUACCUACUCACAGAGAACCAGUUCAAAAUUAAGACUGCUAGCAUUUCCAUCACGACGACGUGCUUGACUUAUCUUACGGACAUCAAUGGUAGCCAUGACGAAAUCAAGCGGGAUUUUCCUAUGGCAAGAUGCGCGGCGGAAAUCUGGACAUACCAUGCUGCGUUGGCUCAGGCUUCGGAUGAUAUAGUUCGAGCGACAGUAAGGUUCCUGGAAAAGGAAGCGACGUUCCAACGAUGGGCUCGAUUGUAUCAGGCUGAUAGGUAUUUGGACCACGACCCAGGCCCUCCACGAGGUUCCAGACUCUACUACGCUUGCUUCGAUGGACUCGUAGCGCCUGCAAGAGAUCUAAUCGGCAAGGGAGCAGACAUCAACGCGCAGGGCGGCGAGUACGGCAACGCUCUCCAAGCCGCGUCACAGAACGGCCAUCAAGAGAUUGUCCAACUGCUCUUAGACAAGGGAGCGAACGUCAACACGCAAGGCGGCUACUACGGCAGCGCUCUCCAAGCUGCCUCAUAUAAAGGCCAUCAAGAGGUUGUCAAGCUGCUCUUGGACAAUGGAGCAGCCGUCAACGCCCAGGGCGGCUUAUACGGUUACGCUCUCCAGGCCGCAUCAUUUAGUGGCUAUCAAGAGAUUGUGAAAAUGCUCUUAGACAAGGGAGCGAACGUCAACGCCCAGGGCGGCUUGUACGGCAGCGCUCUCCCGGCCGCCUCAUAUAAAGGCCAUGAAGAGAUUGUCAAGUUGCUCUUGGGCAAUAGAGCAGACGUCAACGCGCAGUACGGCGCUCACGGUAACGCUUUCCAGGCCGCCUCAGAGGGAGGCCAUGCAGAGAUGGUCGAUCUGCUCCAGGCCGCCUCAAAGGGAGGCAAUGAAGAGAUUAUCAAGCUGCUCUUGGACAACGGAGCAGAUGUCAACGCGCAGGGCGGCGAGUAUAGCAAUGCUCUCCAGACCGCCUCAGAGAGUGGCCAUCUAGAAAUUGUUAAGCUGCUCUUAGACAAUGGAGCGGACGUUAACGCGCAGGGCGGCGAGUACGGCAACGCUCUCCUAGCCGCAUCAUCCAAUGGCCAUCGAGAGAUUGUUAAGCUGCUCUUGGACAAGGGGGCAGACGUUAACGCGCAAGGCGGCCAGUACGGCAACGCUCUUCUGGCCGCCUCAGAGGAAGGCUAUCAAGAGAUUGUUAAGCUGCUCUUAGACAAGGGAGUGGAGGUGAACGUCCAGGGCGGUCAGUACGGCAACGCUCUCCAGGCCGCCUCGUGGAAUAGCCAUCUAGAGAUUGUGCAACUGCUCUUGGACAAGGGAGCGGACAUCAACGCGCAGGGCGGCCACUUUGGCAACGCUCUCCAGGCCGCCUCGGCGGAUGGCUAUCAAGAGAUUGUGCAACUGCUCUUAGACAAGGGAGCAGACGUGAACGCGCAGGGCGGCCAGUACGGCAACGCUCUCCAGGCCGCAUCAUGGAAUGGCCAUCUAGAAAUUGUACAACUGCUCUUAGACAAGGGAGCGAACAUGGACGCGGAGGGCGGCCAGUAUAGCAACGCACUCCUGGCCGCUUCAUGGAAAGGCCAUCAAGAGAUUGUUAAGCUGCUCUUAGACAAGGGAGCGAAGCAAUUCCGCAAUAGUGCAGCAGAGCUCAACGGGGAUCUGGUCCAAACACAUGCUGACGUUAAAAAACAAAGGCCCUCCUUUGUCGUAUACUCUGUUUAA